ACACCCCAUAAGUCAUGGCCAUAUGAAUACCACCUCAUUGCCAAUCUGUUUCAUCGCUCAUGCUGUAAAGUGACCUGUUUACAGCAACAUGGUUAUUUUCCUCAGUGAUGCUCUGUCAUGAUACUUGACCUGGUCAGUUGACAUACCCUGGCAGUAAACUGUUUUUACACCGCCUUAGUGUUUACUAGAAGUUUCUGUCCCCCCCCCACCCUUUUCAGAGCUGUAUGACCACUUGUUUGCAUGAUGCAUCUGGAAGUGGAAGAGACCACUUUCCAGAAAGGGGGUUGAUGUUGACUAAAUGGUAUUUCGUGUGGUUAAAACAGAAGCUGGUGUCAACUGCUGUAUUGGCUGGAGAUAUGAGAUGGAUCCUGGAGCUUGUGACACGGUGUCAUCGUCUCUUGAAGAUGAAGUAUUACCAGUACCCAGUCCCUCAGACCAUGGGAGUAAAGGUUCUGUCUCCCGACAAAUGUGGGUCCCUCUCCUGCAAAGGGUCUGCCUCUCUCAAACCCAUCCGCAGCGUGCACUUCCCCAACGACAUCGUCUUCCAGGAUUACGUGCGCCAGGGCGAGCUUGAGAGGAUCGGACGAUUCAUCCGAGCCAGGAGGGUCAGCCUUGACACCAUCUACCACUCUGGCAUGGCAGCCAUCCACGAGGCGGUGUUGUCCGGGAACCUGGAGUGUGUGCAGCUGCUGGUGAAGUACGGAGCAGACGUCCACCAGAGGGACGAGGAGGGCUGGACGCCGCUCCACAUGGCCUGCAGCGACGGCUUCCCAGACAUCGCCAGGUACCUGCUCUCUCUGGGCGCCGACCACGAGAUCGAGAACGAGUGUGGGGAGAAGCCGUCUGACCUCAUCGACCCCGAAAACAAGGAGCUUCUGCAGCUUUUCGGAGUCGGGGGAGAUGACUAAGCCCCUCCCCUUUUCUGAAACGCAUCAAUCUGCUUCCUGGUUCUCCAGGCUGCCCUGCGGCAACGGGACAAAAUGGACAGAAGACGGUCAGAUAAUUCUGUGUCAGACGUCUUCCCUGGGUGCUGGGAUACGUCUUGUCAAUGCUGGUUGGCUGGCCAGUGAGAGUGGGAUGAGCUGUGAUUGGAGAGAGGCUCUUAACAAGGCACGGUCAGCUGACUCUGCUUUCUGCAGCGCUGAAAAAGAUGUGAGAUCGUGAACUACAUUCUAU